AUGUGUGAAAAAGAAGUUAAAGAAAGCGAGUUGGGGACACAUAUUCUGGACGUUGAGAUUAUUCCCAAACCCGCGGCCGGGCAAUUCAAAUGCCAUUCACAAUUGAAGAGCGAUGGCUUAAUUCAUGAAAUCGACUCGAAAAAUAAUCAUCUAUACGAAAGUAGGGAGCGCAGUUUGACACUGAAAAAUGUGGGUACAAAUGCAGGAUCCCCAGCGGAGGCUGUUGAGAUGCGGCGAGAAUUCUUAGAAAAGUGCGUUUAUAAAUUAAGAAGAGCAAACUUCUUGGCGUGCCUGCCAUUUAAAAACUAUGAUUAUUUUGGGGCCCGUGGGUGCUGCGAGAAUGUGAUCGGAUACAUGCCAAUCCCAGUCGGGAUUGCUGGGCCACUUUCUGUCGACUGUGAAAAUCUCUAUAUUCCUAUGGCCACUACCGAAGGAGCUCUGGUUGCAAGCGUUUCACGCGGAUGCAAAGCAAUAAAUGAGUCUGGAGGGGCAGUCACAAUCCUAACUGCAGAUGCCAUGACAAGAGCACCCUGUUUACAAUUUCCAAACGUCAACCGCGCAUAUGCAGCGAAGUUGUGGCUCGAGUCGUCAACAGGAAUACAUGAAAUAGAGAAAACUUUUUUGGCGACCAGCAACUUUGCAAAACUUAAGAAUAUACAACCAAUCCUCAUUGGAGAGCAUUUAUACGUCCGAUUCGCCGCUACCACUGGAGAUGCAAUGGGUAUGAAUAUAAUGUCAAAAUGUGUUGAAAGUGCAGUGUCGACUAUAAAAUUGCAUGGCUUCCAUGACAUGAGAGUUGUGGCUCUCUCCGGCAAUGUAUGCACCGACAAAAAACCAUCUGCUUUGAAUUGGGUUGAGGGCCGUGGGAAGAGCGUCGUGGCACAAGCUUAUAUCACUCACGCCACUAUUAAGCGUGUCCUUAAAACUGAAGUCCCAGAUAUUGUGGCAUUGAACGUAUCUAAAAAUUUAGUUGGGAGUGCUGUGGCUGGCUCUAUUGGAGGCUGCAAUGCACAUGCGAGCAAUGUUAUAUCGGCAAUUUUCGCAGCGACUGGACAAGACAUCGCGCAAGUCGUCGAUAGCUGUCACUGCAUUACAACCAUGAAUGAGUGA